UUUAAACAAAAUGGCUAUCCCAGCAAAUUUCCCUUGAAUAAUCCGUACGAUCCUCUCUGUCAUUUCCAACCAUUUAACAUGGCCUCCGCCACCGUCGAUUCCACCUCUAUUGUCACCUCCGCCACCGCUGACGAUGUCCCUCUCCAAGCAGACUCAAUACCCAUUGUAGAUAUCCGGUUACUAUCCCAAUCCGAACUUUAUUCCCUCUCUCAAUGCUCUUCCUCCGCCGUCGGCCCCCUCCGCUGUGACGAUGUGGCAGUUCCAAAAAUCGACCGGAGCGUCUUCAAUGAGUCCGCUGGCUCCCGCAAACAGACUUAUUCCCGCUAUCGUCUCGCUCCUGCCUCCUCUUCCUCGUCCGCCGCUUCAUCAGCCCCUCGGCGCCGCACUCCUCAUUUCCGCCCUACAGCCGUUACGAACUGUAAUAAUGGUAAUUCUGUUCCAGAGAAGGAAGAAAACCCCCAGAUUAUCGCUUUACUUAAGCAAUUAUUUGUUUCCAACUCCAACCCUGAAGACGUAGUCCCUGUUAAAAUAGAUUACAAUUAUUCCCUCCCCCAACAAUUAUCGUCAUUUCCCUCCUCAUCCUCGUCCAAUGUGGUGCCUGUUAACCAUAAACGGAAAAGGGGUCGCCCCUGUCAACUUGAAAUGGUGAAGAACGAUGCCAACUCGACUCUUGUGGUUAAUGCUAAUGUUGAUUCUUAUGAUGGUAAUAAUAAUAAGAGUGGUUCGAUUAUGAGUGAGAAUUUUGGGGAUGUGGAUAGAGAUAGGAAGGCGUUAUUGAAUAGGGAUGGGGUGAAAGUGGAUUUGGUGGCUUUGGGGACAGUGGAGAAUCCUUAUGCAGAGGAAAUUAAACAGAGGACAGAAGGCUUGAACGGUAAAGAGGAUUUAGUGAGGUUUUUGGAAGGAUUGGAUGGGAAGUGGGGAAGUAGCAGGAAGAAGAGGAGGAUUGUAGAUGCAAGUGUGUUCGGGAGCGUGUUGCCAAUUGGUUGGAAGCUCUUACUCUCUCUCAAGAAGAAGAAAGGACACGUGUGGUUGUAUUGUAGUCGUUACCAAAGCCCCAGUGGACGGCAGUUUGUAUCAUGCAAGGAUAUUUCUUCAUACUUGCUCUCUCUUCAUUGUGUCCGAGAUAUGAAUAAGGUUAAUUGUGCUGAGAAUAAUCAGAGUAUUAAUGAUUCUAACAGCUUGUCUUCUGUUAGUAUUGCAAAUGUUAAAAAACAAGAUGACAAAAGAAAGAAAAACCCGAUUUUCCGUGCAUCACUUGUUGUUAGUUCGACAUCUUCUAAUCAUGAAAUGCAAGUCACAUUGGAUGCUGGUGAUCAGCCAGAGGACAAAGUGGGAAAAUUUUUACAUUGCGAUGAGUGCAAAAUGACUUUCAGUGAGAAGGAUGAUCUAUUGCACCACCAGUCAUCUCUUCAUCGGGAAAAGAUGUGCAAGAAUGAUCUGCCCCUCAAUGAUGUGGUAAUAGUUAAAGAGGGAAACUAUGAACACCUGUUCACGUGCAAUACAUUUAAUGAAGUGAAUAAUUUGAAUGAUCAUAUUGGAGCUCAUGAGAGAAACCAUGUGAAAAGUACUGAAGAAUCACUAUCUGUUGAUGUGGGAGUGUGUGUUGACCCCAGUUCUUUUUGCCAACAACCUGUUAGAGAGGUUAUGUUGAAAGGAUCAUUAGGUUCAAUAGGCAAUAAUAUGGGUGAAACUUCCAAAGUUUAUGAGUUUCCCUUGUCUAACAAUGAGAACAAAAAUUUCAAGGGAGGUUCUGUUCGUGCGCAUAUCCCUGAUAGUGUUGCUGGAAUAUCUGGCGAUGGUUGCAAUGUGCAGGGGAAAUGUUCUCCUGUGCAUUCAUCUUUUCCAUUUACUGAAACAGUAGCUGGUGUUAGCAAGGAAAUUAAAAAUUCUGUUACCUUGGAGGAUUCCAAACAAGACAGAGUCUUUGAAACUGGUUUAUUUGGUUCAGAUGAUAAGGUGAAAGCAUGUGAUAUUGUUGUAAAUGAUGAGCAUUUCUGUCAGUCAAUGAAUGAACUCAAACGCGAUGCUGAGAAGUUUGUGGAUGAUGACUCUGUAUUUGGAUUUCGCUCAAGGCCUGUCGGACAGGAGAAUUAUAGUGCAAUCAGAGUCAAGCAGCAUGGUAAUUUUGAAGUCCUAUCCUUUGAGAAUGUUGGCAAUGUGCCCAUUCCAUCAAUUUCUACAGAAACAUGGUCCAAUCAAAUCAAAGAAUCCAGAAGGAACAUGCUAACCGCUCAUGGAGAUCAGGAAGAAGUUAAAGAAAUUGCACCCAGCUCAGUUGGUGAGUAUCCACUUGAUGGAAAAUUUAGCUUCGGAACCAGUGGGAAUGCUAAUUAUGAAGCAGAUAAGGAUGCUCUAAGUAGCAUCCAAGAGGAAAUGCAAUUUGGGAUCUCUUCAGUACCAUCUUGGUAUGAGCAAGCAAGUUUUAAAAAUUAUGGAAAUGAGGAGGCUACUAGUUUGGGAAAGGAAGCGGGGGUGCAGAAUACACAUGAAGGCAGUUUGCUUACUUUAUCUGAUCAUGAGAGGAUCACUGGUACUGAACAUCUUGAAGACAAGGUUUGCAGUAGAAAAAUGGAAAUGCUUGAAGUUGAUGGCGUCCAAAAUGUUAGGACUAGUGAACUGUUUCUUUCUCAUUCAGGUAGGGACCGGGAUGGACCCAGAGGCAAUCAGAUAGGAAAUUCUGGCAACGAAUUCAUAAUUGGUUUUGGCAGAAACAAUCUGCGUCCUGUUGAGGGUGUCAUGGCUGCUGGAAUUUGGACAGCUGGUCAACAAAAUGUCUUGCAUGGUACUGCUACUACAAGUCCACAAGUGCAACCAUCAAGCUCCUUUCAUGCCUCUCAUAUAAUGUCAGAUCAGGAUGCACAAGGGUUAAUCGAAGUUCAGGAGAAGUACAAUAUCAACGCCAAUGUUGAAGGAAUUAGCUCAGGUAGAUCUGAACCAGUUGAAUACAGUUUCUUGGGUUCAAACAGUUCAAAUGUCAUUCCCAUGGAGUCCAAUGUUUUCUCGCACAACUCAAAUAUGGAGCAAGGACUCGAUUCCUCAUUUUGGCUGGGAAACAAUGCUCUGAUGCCAAAUACAGAGGAGAAUAGGAGUAAGAGCUCUAGUGUUUGUGUUUGGUGCAGAAAUGUGUUCUAUCAUGAGACUAACCAGCAUGAAAUGGAAGCAGCAGGUGCAAUUGGCUCAAUGUGUCCAACAUGCAGCACAAGGAUACCGGGCAACUUCAAUGUGCUGUAGGACUACUUGUCCCUCAAAUUUUUAUUCGACUAAAAUAGUUGAAAUAAGUUCGAAAGAAGAGCCAAUACUCAGUCCAUCUGGAUCCAUUUUUGGCUAAGAAAUUCAUUGAUAAGUUUGUUUUUCUAAUUGGAUGGUGAGAAUUUCGACUCUAUUCAGGGCAAAUUUUAUUUGCAAUUGCUGAACUUUUAGUGAAAAGCCAAUACUACAUCUGGAUUUUUUCUGGAUUUCCGUUUUAAGUUACUGAUACUUUUCUUUUGUUACCCUCUUUAUUCUGUCUUUCAAUUGGAAGCUGAGGAAUAUCUAAUUUAGUCAUUGUAAAUUUCAUUUGCAAUUGCUGACUUUUUAGC